AUAUUGUUGAAAAAAAAAACAAAUAUGAAAUGUAAUUUAUAAAAACGUCACAAUAAUAAAUGAAUAAUUUUAAAUUAUUUAUUAAUUUAUUCAUUAGUAUUUUCGUAAUUUAUAUGAAAUAAAUGCAUCAAUUUAAAAGUUUAUUUAAAAUACAUCUUUUGCUGAUGGGUAAAAUUGUGAAUUAAUAAAGUAUAUAAAUAAAUAAUUCAAAAAUUUAAUUUAUUUUAUAAAAAUAAACUGUCAUGAUGACUGAUAAUGAAGACGAAAUAGUUGGUGCCCAACGAGCAUUACAAAUAGCAUUUCAGACGAUGCAGGAACGUUGUCAUCAGCUGGAGAAUCGUCUUGCUGCUGUUGAAGAGGAAAAUAUUAAAUUAAGAAUUGAAAAAGGCAAAGAAUUGUCUUGUGAGAUGGUUAUUCCUGAUGACAAUCCAUCAACAAUUCAAAAACUACAGGAAAAAAUUGAAGAACUAACGAAAGAAAAAUCACAAUUGACUCAUCAUGUGUUGAUGGUAGCCGCGGAAAACCGUCAGCUCUGGAAUAGAUUGACGCGAUUAACAAGAACCAACAAAAGUCUCGGCAAUAAAUUGAUAAAAAUAUCGGAUACGCUGAAGCAGAACCAGCAAGCGAAUCAACCAAUCGACAAUUUGGUUGUCUGCAGUAUUAAAGAUGUUCCGGCUAGUCUUCCAAAGGCUAGCGACGAUAAUCCUUUGAAUUUUGAUCUCGACAACAAAGACGUCAGUCUCGAAGAAAUUUCUCUGAGGCUUAUCAAUAGUAUUAUGUUAGAAAAAUCUGAGCUAGAGCAUCAGUAUACUGAGAUGCUUGCACUACAAAAUGGUGCGGAUAUAAAAUUAAGAAGUGUUGGAUUUGCUUAUCCAGAUGAUAAUAAUGAUUCGUUGCAACAAUUGAAACAAUACGAAAAUAAAUUGUAUCAAACUAAAAAUAAUUUAGUACAGCAGAAAUUAAAAUUGGAAAAUAUUUAUCACAAUUUAUGUAAAAUUAAAAAAGUAAGCAAAAAAGUAUGUCAAACUGGUACGCAAUUUGAUUCAGACGACAGUCUGCGCGAGCACGGAUCAACACAAACGAGUCUUCCACCAGAAGCUUUGCAUCCCGAGAAACCCGAGCAAGUUACUAAUAAAACUCCCGGGUCAUUAGAUAACAUUUGUCCCAUGUGUGGAUCGUACUUCGAACAGACGAUCCCAUUUCAGACCUUCCACGAGCACGUUCUCAGUCAUUUUUCACCGGAUCUUUCAAAUGAGUACGAAUUACUCUCACCCUAGGUGACAGUCACGUAUUCCUGAUUGCUCAUUACGUGUAUAUGUUAUUUUAAUUAAAGUAAGUAUUUUUUUUUAAUGCAACUAUCAAAGGAUAG